AUGGCUCGGGCCGGGACCGGUCCAUGGGGAGCUUGGCAGGUCCAGCCAUCCGCGUUUACUCGCGCCGUCGUCGACGCCAUGAGGAGCUUGUAUCCCGAGGAGCUGGCAGACCGGUCGUGGGACAAUGUCGGCCUCCUGGUGGGCAACUCCGAAGCCGAAGGCGCAGCGCCGGGGAGGCGGCCCAAGGUUCUGGUCACAAACGACCUUACCUGGCAGGUUGCCGUGGACGCGAUCGACCAGGGUGCCAGCGUCAUCGUGAGCUACCAUCCGUUCAUAUUCUCGGGGCUCAAGGCCAUUACCUACGACGACCCGCAGCAGGCGACACUGUUGCGCCUGGCGCGGGCCGGAAUCGCCGUCUAUUGCCCUCACACCGCGGUCGACGCCGCGCCCGGCGGACUGAACGCCUGGCUUGCGGACGUUGUUUCCGGUCCCUACGUGAGCAGACGGUCUGUGGCGGCCCCGUGUCCGGCGGCGCCCGAGUCUCACUCCCCGGCUGGCUACGGCGCCGUGGGCCACUUCGAGGCGCCCGUUCCUCUGGCCGGCAUUCUCACACGCUUGGCCUCGGAGCUCGGUGGCCUCAGGUACGUCAUGGUUGCCAGCCCCGUGGGCGCCGACGUGCGGACGGCAACGGUGCGGAGCUUUGGUGUCUGCGCCGGCAGCGGCUACGAUGUCCUGAAGAAGGCGGACGUCGACUUGUUGGUCACGGGGGAGGCCGGCCACCACUCGGCCCUGAGGGCCAUCCAGCAGGGAAGGACGCUGGUGCAAGUGUUCCACAGCAAUUCGGAGAGAGGGUACCUGCGCAAGGUCCUCGUGCCAAUGCUGCAGGAGCGGCUCGGGCGUGUCGUUGCAGACGCUCAGGUGGUCUUGAGCCAGUUUGACAAGGACCCCUUUACCAUUUACAACGUCGGCGAGUUUGAGUGA